ACCUGGUUAAACAAAAUAAUGUUUUUAAUUUUAGGCUCCCUUCCAAAAAUAUCAUCAAUUCAAUUACCGAAUGUGAGGACAUGCCAAGCGGUGACAUGUGGGGUGCGUAGUUAUUUAGGUCCUUUUACUCCGCAUUUGUUCUCCGUAUUCAUAGAUAGUCUUGAUUUGCCUUCCUCCACUCUUAAAAGCCCAAAUUCCAUUACAAAUAACCCGGGAGGAAGUGAUCUAUAAUUUUUAAUUUAAUUGGUUAACAUGAAUGAACAAUCGAAGAAUGAGACUGCGAAUGCACAGAAUUGCGAGGAGAAAAAGGUGGAAAGUGUGGAUUAUCGAUCUUCAGCAGGGCAAGGUCAAGAAAUGAGGAAGGUUGAUGUAAUUCACCAGGUCCAUACAACGAAAAACACCAGUGGUGGAAUACUUGCCGGUGCUGCUGCUGCUGUUACAUCCACUCUACAGUCCGCCAAAGAUGCCGUGGCCAAAAAGUAAUGUAACCAUGGAGUGUCCUUGAUCCAUUUGUUUAGCCAAGGAAAUAGGUUUGGCAAUGUGUAAAUUUAUUCUUUUAUUGUUAUUGCUAUGUUGUCCGGUAGUCACGAAGACAUGGACAAAGUAGUGCGAUGUAUUCAGUAUUGUAUCCGAAUUAAUCCUAUAAAUCCCUGUUUUUACUUUCUAUUCCAAGGCUGAUUAGCCAAACCAGCUAUACCAUUUUUCGGUAUUUUCACAUCCACAUUAACAAAAACAUGUUUUUUAGAAAAUCGAGGUUUGUUGCUUUUGCGUGAACCCUCGCUUUGGUUUGACGCUGAUGUAACUUCUGUAGUGUGUCAUCC